AUGUUCAACAGGGAGAACUUAUUUGGGAACCGGCGAGAAGCACCGCCAGGACAGACACAACCAGGCCAGGCACCGCGCCAGCCCUCCCGUCAAACGCAACCGCGAUAUGCCGAUGACCCGAGACAAGGCUAUCCGGAAAAGCCAAGAGGAGGACAGAGGAUGCGUUUGCAACCGUGCAAAUGCCCGCAGGAAUGGGUCUUCUCGAAUGUAUGCGGAGUGAGCACGCAAGAUGUAGGAGGGCAAGGAGGUGAGGAGACAUAUCUCCUCAUGAAUGACAGAUAUGUCGUAACUGCUAGAUCGCAUCCGCAAAUCCAGCGAGGACAAAUCGGGAUGAACGACUUUCAGCGUACAUGGAUGCAAGUUGCCCUUACGGAUACUGUAGAGGCAGAAGUGUUUGAUCCGUUCAGACAGGGUGGUCAGGCGUAUUUGGGUAACAUGGACGUGGAGAUCGGAUACGCGACCAGGACCGCUCCUCCUAAUGUGCCUCCAUUCGAUCAGGACCAAUUGGCAGAGCACCUGAUCAACACGCUGCAAAACCAGAUCUUUGCGCCUGGUCAGACAUUUGGUCUUGACGCACGAGUGGCAAAGCUGAAAUUACAGGUGAAAACCGUGGAACUUGUAGACCUGUCACGGAUGGAGCAGGCGGGUGAACAACAGACGCAUCCUCAAGCGCGAGGAAUACUCACACCUCAAACCACCAUCAACUUCUUCAAGGAUGCCAAAUCGCCGAUUCAGCUCAAGGGAUCGAAUAAACGGCCUGCAGCCAACGCAGUCAUUCGGCCGGACUUCAAGUUUGAGAGCUUGGGCAUUGGUGGUCUCGACAAAGAGUUCAGCGACAUCUUCCGACGAGCAUUUGCCUCGCGUAUAUUCCCUCCUGGCUUGGCCGACAAGCUAGGCAUCCAGCACGUGCGCGGUAUCUUGCUAUACGGUCCACCAGGUACGGGAAAGACAUUGAUCGCUAGGCAAAUCGGUAAAAUGCUCAACGCAAGGGAGCCGAAGGUCAUCAAUGGCCCGGAAGUGCUCAACAAGUACGUUGGACAAUCCGAAGAGAACGUCAGGAAGCUGUUUGCCGAUGCCGAGAAGGAACAAAAGGAGAAAGGCGAUGAGAGUGGGCUGCACAUCAUCAUCUUUGACGAGCUGGAUGCUGUUUGUAAGCAGCGUGGCUCGGGUGCUGGCGGUGGUACCGGAGUGGGUGACAGCGUGGUCAAUCAGCUUCUAUCCAAGCUGGAUGGUGUUGAACAACUCAACAACCUACUGCUCAUUGGAAUGACGAACCGCAAAGAUAUGAUCGACGAGGCUCUACUGCGAUCUGGACGUUUGGAAGUACACAUGGAGAUCAGUCUACCCGACGAGCCAGGUCGACAACAGAUUCUGAAGAUCCACACCACCAAGAUGGCGGAGAAUGGCAAGUUGGCCAGUGAUGUUGAUCUUGCAGAGCUAGCGCGCCGCACACGAAACUUCUCUGGGGCGGAAAUCAGCGGCCUCGUAAAGUCGGCGAGCAGUUUUGCUCUGCAACGUCACAUCAAAGGCGGCACGGUUGCUGCGUUGUCAGACGAUAUCAAUGAGAUGCAGAUACACAUGCAGGAUUUUGUGUCUGCGCUGCAAGAAGUCAAACCUCUGUUUGGUGUCAACGAUGAGGCUCUGGAGGUGGCAACUCGCAAGGGCAUCAUUCACUUUGGACCGCAAAUCGACAAGAUCAUCAAGUACGGCGGCGACUACGUCCGACAAGUACGCUCAGGGGACACAGAACUGCUUUCUGUUCUUCUACACGGUCCCUCGAAGAGCGGCCUGACCGCAAUGGCUGCGCAUAUCGCCCAGAAAUCCGAAUUCCCCUUUAUCAAGCUGGUGCGGCCGGUCGACAUGGCUGGCAUGAAUGAAAUUCAAAAAAUACAGCACCUCAGCAAGAUCUUUACGGACGCUUACAAGUCGCCUUCAAACUUACUCGUACUCGACGACAUUGAUCUCAUGCUGGAUUGGGUUCCCGUGGGCCCGCGCUUCUCUUCCGCCGUCCUUGCUGCUCUCAAGGGCUUCAUGAACAAUCCACCUCCCAAAGACCGACCACUCCUCAUCUUCGCAACAUGCUCGAAGCGAACAGUCCUGCAGCAACUGGAACUGGAAUUUGAUGCUGAAAUUGCCGUUCCCUAUCUCCGCAGCGCACAAGAGCUCGGCGCUGUGAUGCAGCACAGUGGACAAUUCGACGAUGAUGGUAUUCGAAAAGCCCUCUCGGACAUCCAACAGACCACGGGUAGCUCGGAAAUCAACGUUGGUAUCAAGCAGAUUCUCACGCUGAUUGAGACGGCGCAGAGAGAUGAGGAUCCCGUUGCUCGAUUUGUGGAUGGCAUGUGUGACGUCGUGAAUCGGAACCGGGCAUUUGUGUCGUAG